GGGGUGUCCCUGCUGAAAAUCUGCACUCAUCUUUCUCUCUUAUACCAUCCCUUUCACACACACCUAUCCUCACAUUCAGAAACACACACACACACACACACACACGCUCACACACAGCUGCCAACAUGUGCCUUUCAGCAGUUUUCCUCCUGCUGACUCUGUGCGGUUCUUCUGUUGGUCAGUAUCUGUCCAGGUUCAACAUGGCGGGAGUCACCGGUUCGGUCCGGUUUGACUCCAUGCAACAGACAGCCACUGUAAACCUCAGUGGUACCGGCGUAGAAACAUGUGGCUCCUUCAAUCUGACGCUCACCGAGUUUCCUGUAAUGUACGGUCACGUGGCCCAGCCCUGUGAGAAAGCCCACAUAGGAGCUCGUGUGUUCACGCUGUCUAUUAACACUUCUGUUUCUUUAGUGAACAUCUCCGGUAUGCUCCAGCAAACCCCCAAUCUGGAAGCACGCUCUUUAUUGGUAGAGACAUGUAAUGGCACGAAGGCUUGUGCAGGUGUCAUAGCAGAGUCAAAGGUCAGCACUUGGCAGGCUCGGUUCUUUAGUAUCGUGGCUGGGAACAUCUACCUCCGGCAGAUAUUGGGGCAACCGAGCGCCACACUUCUUUCCAACCUGGUCGAUCUGAAUCAGAAUAGCUCCUCUUUUGCGAACGUGAACGUUUUUCUAUCUCAGAGUUCUGCUGCUAGCUGUGAAGCAUUGCUGGGCAGCCUGAUCCUAAACGGUUUGAUAAAGUUGGGCCAGCUGAUGGUAGGCACUCCUCUUGAACCUGUCAAAUCCCGUUUAGAGAUCCCAUCUCUUGAUGCUGGAUUUCGCUUUGCUCUAUUCAAUCUCAGCUCAGACUAUACAUGUGCUGAGAUCCGAACCUUAGAACCGAAGGAGGUCAGUGCUCUGAUAGACAUGAGAGGGGUCAAAGGUUAUAUCACCUUUCACCAGCCGUCUCCCUUUGAACUUACUACGCUCUCUGUGAACCUCACCAAUCUGAACAGAAGGGUUGGGCCAUACCACGUUCAUCUGUUUCCCACCCCAGAGAUGAGGUCACCCCCUGAAAGCACCUGCAGCAAUGAUAAUGUUGGGGGCCACUGGAAUCCCUUUAAUGUGGACACUCAGCCAUCUGUUUAUCCCCCUCCCCCUGGCUCAACCCAUGACCACUACGAAACUGGAGACCUCAGUUCCCGACAUGGAUCGUUAAGUAAUGAAGAUGACAUCCAGGCAAGCUUCACCGACUGGAAUCUGCCACUCUUUGGACAGAAUAGCAUUGUUGGUCGUUCUGUGGUUCUGCACCAGCCUGACGGUAAGAGGUUUAUCUGCUCAAGCAUUGGCUAUCCUGGGGAAGUGAUCACAGCCAAGGCCAUCUUCCAGAGCCCAGUGGUGGGUACUAUCGUGUUCACUCAGUUGAAAGGAAAGCCUUGCUCUGAUGUCUCAGUGUACCUGGACUUGUCUUACGGACAACUGAAUACUCCUGCAACUCAGAAACACCACUGGCACAUUCAUACAUACCCCAUCAGCACCGAGAGAGACAGUGAUGAGGGUUGCUGUAGAUCCACUGGGGGACACUGGAACCCUUACAACAUCAACACCAGUGCAAGCAGCUAUAAGGUAAACUGUGGACCAGAAUGUCCUUUUGCUUGUGAGAUUGGAGACCUGUCCAGCAAACACAAGAUGCUGAAUUUAUCACCAAAUGUAGGGAAACUACCUAGCAAGAACUUCUUCACAGAUACUACAGCCUGGGUGUCUGGACUGAGCAGCAUGAUUGGUCGGUCUGUAGUGAUUCAUGGCCCUGACGAGGCUGGCCAUCGCAUUGCUUGUGCCAACAUCACACUCCUGCGCUUCCCCUCGGCUCAGACCGGAUCCUGGCAAGGGUCAGGGUCAUCUGGGGGAAAUGUCCACUUCUUCCAGCUCUCUCCCCAGGGUCCAACCAACAUCCAUGUCUCUCUCACUCGUCUGGAGGCCAAAGCUGAUGGAUACCAUGUCCAUCUGCUCCCAGUAAAAAGUGGACCAGCGGCCUGCUCCAACGAGAAUGUCAUGGGCCACUUCAACCCAUAUGGCGUGAAUGUCUCAACGUCUCCAGCACCGGGAAACGGCACAGUGGAUCAGUAUGAGAUUGGCGAUAUCAGCGGGAAAUUUGGGAGUCUAGCUGAUCAGAACCAAUUCGAGAAACAUUAUGAGGACAGUAACAUGCCACUGAGUGGACCCAACAGCAUCAUAGGACGGUCGGUGGUUAUCCACUACAGGAACGGAUCAAGGAUGCAGUGUGCUAAUAUCUCAGCCAUGGACUCCUCCGACGGGCACUGGAUCAUCGCCAAGGCCGUUUUCAACAGCAGUGUGAAGGGCAUGGUAGUCCUGUCCCAACAGUGUUUUCCUGAUGGCAGCUUCAGUGACACGACCCUGCUGGUGGACCUUAGAGCAUCUAACACUGUUAAUGUCAAAAACGCUUCCUGGUACAUAACCGAAAGUCCGUUCAGUGGACUGGUGGCUGAAUGUCCAGGAAAUGGAAGAACUUAUAACCCUUUCAACAUGACAGCUCAGAGCUCCAACUGUUCCCCACUCACCUAUCUGGCGUGCGAGGUUGGAGAUCUGUCCAGCAAACUCGGCUCCGUCAGUUUAACACAAAGGCAGCUCUUUACAGAUGCGCAUCUUCAGCUGGCUGGAGACUACACAGUCGUUUACAGAAUGCUAGUCCUGAGGGCAGGAAACGAGACCAUCGAUUGUGCGGACAUCGUCCCUGUGUCACCGUCAGCACAGCAAAUCUUCCCGAGCAUAAAAUCCUUCAGCAGUUAUGAUUUCCGUAAAAGGGUGGCAGACGUUCUGGAGGUCCAAGUGUCCCGGGUGUCCAUCUUACCCGGUGCCCUCUCACCCAUUGCAGGAGGGAAGUGCCAGCAAGUCACCUUUCUUGUGUCAGGUGACAUGAGUUUGAAGAAGCUAUCUGCUGUGAAGGACAGCAGGAUGAUGGGCAUGUACAGGCAGACUGAAUGGUGUACGAAAAGUGGCGUACCUGGUCUUGGGUCUUCACAUACCGGAACCAUCCACGUCUUCUCCCUGGGCGCCGUUUACCUUCUCCACUCUCUCAUUCUGCACUGGAUGUCAGAGUGAGAUCAGCUGUGCUGAAUUUAUCCCCAGAGCUGCACGGAGGCUGCUUAACUCCAUAAGACUUGGUGUGAAUGAACUGUCUCGAUGGUCAACGUGCUCAAACCACUUUGAAUCAACUGCUGUAAAAUGAUACUAGAUAAAAAUGUUGUUUUACGAACCUUUGUUUUACUAUUACUGUCUGAACAGUACUUAGAACUUGAAGGCAAUUCAUUUUCUAUUUACGUUAUAUUGUUCGCUGAUUUGAUACUUCCAAGUGAUUUAUGCCCAUGUGUUCACUGUAUAUCUGGUGAAAAUGACUUACUGUGUAUUUGUAUUUUUAAUGCUCGCAUGAUUGUAGAUAUCGCAUCCACCAGAUCCUAAAUGUCCUAGUAUAUGCUUUGUUGCCCUCAUUUGCGGUUCGAAUGAAAUGAUCGCGUAUUCAAUGAAGUAGAGUCGGAUUGAGCUUGCUCUGUACGUCCUCGGACAUGUUGCGCAGUUUCCAUUUAAGUUCCAUGUUGGUGAGAGCAAUUAAAUCGCUACUAGGAUGGUCUUGAAA